AUGGAGGAAAUGGAAGAAGAACUUAAAUGCCCUGUCUGUGGAUCUUUUUUCCGAGAGCCUAUCAUUCUGCCGUGUUCACACAAUAUUUGUUUGGCUUGCGCUCGGAACAUCCUAGUGCAGACUCCGGAUGCUGAAUCUCCGCAAAGCAGCCGAGCCUCCGGUUCGGCGGUUUCCGACUAUGACUACCUUGACCUGGAUAAAAUGAGCUUGUACAGUGAGGCGGACAGCGGCUAUGGCUCCUACGGGGGCUUCGCUAGUGCCCCGACCACCCCUUGCCAGAAAUCCCCGAACGGGGUGCGUGUUUUUCCCCCUGCCGUCCCUCCUCCCGCUCCCCAGCACCACUUGCUCCCGCACCCCGGAUCCUUGCCCCCUAUCCCCCGCAACUCCUGCAUCACCUGCCCGCAGUGCCAUCGCAGCCUUAUCCUGGACGACCGGGGGCUCCGCGGUUUCCCCAAGAAUCGGGUGCUGGAAGGGGUGGUCGACCGGUACCAGCAGAGCAAAGCAGCCGCUCUCAAGUGUCAGCUGUGCGAAAAGAGCCCAAAGGAGGCGACAGUCAUGUGCGAGCAGUGUGAUGUCUUCUACUGCGACCCUUGUCGACUGAGGUGCCAUCCGCCCCGAGGUCCUCUCGCCAAGCACCGUUUAGUGCCCCCGGCUCAGGGACGCAUCAGCCGUCGAACGAGUCCGAGGAAGAUCUCUACCUGCACAGAGCACGAGCUGGAGAACCUGAGCAUGUACUGUGUGCAGUGCAAGACACCCGUGUGUUACCAGUGUCUCGAGGAGGGCAAGCAUUCUACACACGAAGUCAAAGCGCUCGGAGCAAUGUGGAAACUACACAAGGGUCAGCUCUCUCAGGCUUUGAAUGUCUUGUCUGAUCGGGCAACGGAGGCCAAAGAGUUUCUGGUGCAGCUAAGGAACAUGGUGCAGCAUAUUCAGGAGAACGGCGUGGAGUUUGAAGCCUGUCUGGUUGCCCAGUGUGACGCCCUCAUAGAUGCUCUGAAUCGGAGGAAAGCUCAGUUACUGUCUCGUGUCAGCAAAGAGCAUGAACACAAAUUAAAGGUGGUGCGUGACCAGAUUUCUCAUUGUACAGUGAAGCUGCGUCAGACCACAGGUCUGAUGGAGUACUGUCUGGAGGUCAUCAAGGAGAAUGACCCUAGUGGUUUCCUGCAGAUCUCUGACGCCCUGAUCCGGAGAGUGCAUAUGACAGAGAGUCAGUGGGGGAAAGGCACUCUGACUCCCAGGAUGACCAGUGACUUUGACUUAACCCUGGACAGCGGCCCACUCCUGCAGACCAUACACCAGCUGGACUUUGUGCAGAUGAAAGUGCCUGCUGCUCCCAUACUACAGCUGGAGGAGUGUUGUACUCAGAAUAACAGUGCCACUCUGUCCUGGAAACAACCUCCCCUCUCUACCAUCGCUGUGGACGGCUACAUCCUCGAACUGGAUGACGGCAACGGCGGACAAUUCAGAGAGGUGUACGUAGGCACGGAGACCAUCUGUACAGUGGACGGCCUUCACUACAACAGCACGUACAAGUCCCGCGUCAAAGCUUUCAACGCCAGCGGAGUUGGCCAAUACAGCAAAACUUUAGUGAUGCAGACAUCUGAGAUUGCUUGGUUCACCUUUGACCCCGCGUCGGCCCACCCUGACAUUAUCCUGUCCAACGAUAACCUCACGGUGACGUGCAGUAGCUACGAUGACAGGGUUGUCAUGGGCGGCACUGGAUUUUCACGUGGUGUGCACUACUGGGAGAUGACCAUCGAUCGCUAUGACAACCACCCAGACCCUGCGUUCGGAGUCGCCCGUGGUGAUGUGCUGAAGGACGUCAUGCUGGGGAAGGAUGAUAAAGCCUGGGCCAUGUACGUGGACAACAACCGCUCCUGGUUCAUGCACAACAACUCUCACACCAACAGGACGGAUGGUGGGAUAAGUAAAGGAGCAACAGUGGGAGUUUUGUUGGACUUCACUCGUGGAAUCCUUCUUUUCCUCAUCAAUGAUGAGCAACAAGGUCCUGUCGCCUUUGAAACUCUGGAGGGCCUGUACUACCCUGCCAUCAGUCUCAACCGUAACGUCCAGGUAACUCUACACACUGGACUGCCAAUCCCUGACUUCUAUACACCAGGAGAGUCUGACCCCGCAGGCUCUGUGUGCUAA